AGACUUUGUAUACUAUUUAGUAUUUACCACCCAACUCUUUAAAUGUCUUGCAUCUCCUCUUUCUUCAUACGACAGGAAAAUAUGUUCAUCCUUGAUGGAAAACUGCUGGUAUGGCUAUUUUCUUUUAUUUUCAUACAUCUAAUCCAUACAACCACCUUAGCUCAACCAGAAUUCCUUUCCUACUUCUGCGAAAGCGCGGCUAACUAUACCGUAAACAGCCCGUACCAAAGAAAUCUCAACAUCACCCUCUCCACCCUCCCUACCACCAACAACGGCUUUGGUUUCUACAAUCGCACCAUCGGCCAAGGCAAUAAUGAUACAGUCCACUCAAUCGCCCUUUGUCGAGGCGACGUCAACCCUGAUGUUUGCCAGAGUUGUCUUAAUGACUCCAUUGUUAAAUUGCGACAGCUCUGCCCAAACCAAAAGGAAGCAAUAGGAUAUUACGACUAUUGUGUGGUGAAGUACUCCAACCAGGUUAUAUUGGGAAGCACAAGAAUAAAGUUUUAUGUGUAUCUGGCUAACCCGCAAAAUGCAACGGAUAUUGAUCGGUUCAAUGGUGCUUUGGGGCCACUAAUGAAGGAUCUGAGAGGAAAUGCAUCCGCUGGCGGUCCUCUACGGAAGUUUGCGAGCGGGAGCACGACUGGUCCUGAUUUCUCAACGAUUUAUGGGCUUGUGCAGUGUACUCCUGACCUGUCGGAGCUAGACUGCGACUCUUGCUUGGAGGAUGCAAUCAAUAGAAUUGCACAAUGGUUUAAUGGGAAAAUUGGAGGAAGAAUUCUUUUGCCUAUGUGUACUUUUAGAUAUGAAAACUAUCGGUUUUUCAACCAGAGUGCUGCGGUCAUCCCACCAUCACCACCACCAGUUUUGCAGCCAUCUCCGCCAAUUGCACGACCUUCACCACCACCAGGCAAAAAGAAUAACACGACAAGAAAUGUGAUAAUCAUAACAAUUAUUGUUAUAGUCACCGUCAUUAUAAUAAUGGCUUUGCUUUGUAUCAUAAUAAUGAGAUUUAAGAAGAAAAGGCAAAUGACACCUUCAACAACCCCCACAAGGAUUCAGACGGACACGACGACCAUGGAUAUUAGCACAGUGGAAUCCUUACAGUACGAUUUUAGUGCAAUGAAAGCAGCAACAAAUGACUUUUCAGAAGAAAACAAGCUCGGACGAGGUGGUUUUGGAUCGGUUUACAAGGGUAAGCUUACAGAAGGGGACCAAAUAGCAGUAAAGAGGUUAGCAUUGGAUUCGGGACAAGGUGACCUAGAAUUCAAGAAUGAGGUGUUGCUGAUGGCAAAACUUCAGCAUCGUAAUUUAGUCCGGUUGCUAGGUUUCAGCAUACAAGGAAGUGAACGACUUCUCAUUUAUGAGUUCAUGCCAAAUGCAAGCCUUGAUCAAUUUAUAUUUGAUCCAACUAAACGUACAAUUCUUGAUUGGGAAAAACGUUACAAUAUAAUCAAAGGAAUUGCAAAGGGACUACUAUACCUUCAUGAAGAUUCCCGUCUAAGGAUCAUUCAUCGUGAUAUGAAGGCAAGUAAUGUUUUGUUGGACGCCCAAAUGACCCCUAAAAUUGCUGAUUUUGGCAUGGCAAGAUUGUUUAAAACCGAGGAAACUCAAGGAGACACAAGCCGAAUUGUUGGAACCUAUGGUUAUAUGGCGCCCGAAUACGCCAUGCAUGGGCAAUUCUCAGUAAAGUCGGAUGUCUUUAGUUAUGGGGUGUUAGUACUAGAGAUGGUAACAGGUCAAAAGAACCAAUGCUUUCGUAACGAAGAGAGUGUAGAAGAUCUUUUAAGCUUUGCAUGGAAAAGUUGGCGUAAUGGGACAGCAUCAGAUAUAAUAGAUCCCAUAUUGAAGACCGGAUCAGGUUCAUUGCGUGAUAUUAUUAGAAGCAUCCACAUCGGGUUAUUAUGUGUCCAAGAAAAUGUUACUGACAGACCAACCAUGGCUUCAGUUGUUCUAAUGCUUAAUAGCUUCUCUAUCACACUUCCGGUACCCACAAAACCUGCAUUUUUUGUACGUAGUACCGUUGAUCCGGAAAUGCCACAUAUACAGGAGUACAGUUCUUCAACAAAGAGCAGUGGUUUAGAAAAAUCUAAAUUAUCAAAAUCUAGAUCCAGAUCUUCUCAGUAUUCCUUAAAUGAAGUUUCAAUAUCUGAUUUUGGUCCUAGAUAAGCAUCUAGAAUGAUGCUUUAGGUGAAGAAACACUAUUUAGUUCUUACGAUUUAAAGUUACGUGUUGAAGAUGAAGUUGUGAACUUGGAUAUACUUUUAUGACAAUAACGACAAUCAUGAUGUGCUUAUAUCCUUUUGGUUUUUCGGAUGUUAUAUCAUAGUGCUAAAUUAUUUUAUGAGCAA